CGAGGAUUUACCUGAUGGAUGCACAGGUGACUGCAAUGGUUUGCAUAUGUGCUACAAAUAUGUGACUAAGAAGUGUUCUCGAGGUGACAGUUGUGAGGAAGGACAUGACUUCAAGACGAACCACAAUACCAAGAUUCUUCAAAAUUUUUACCUGGAAGAUGCAGAUUCCCAGUUGCUGUUGAAGUUGAUGCAAUCCUCAGUGGAUGAGGUUGUAGUUCCAGAAAUUUGUGAUCAUUACAAUGUAGGGGAAUGUGAGUGUGGGAGUGAAUGCACAGAAAUGCAUCUGUGUCUCAACUCCAUCCUGGGCACAUGCAACGAUUGGUGCUUACUGAACCAUGAUAUUUUGGAACCACAAUGUCAAAAAUUGCUCAAGAUGGGAGGGGUGAAGACCUAUUACUCAAAAAGGGAUUUGAAGAAUCACUUGAGAGUGAGGCAGAAGGAGCAAAGGCUGGAUGCAAUCAUGAAGCAGGAGAGACGAAGCAGUAGGCUUGUGGAAGAGGCUUCAAGGAGAAAGGUAUUCCAUGCUGAUGAAGAUGAUGGUGAAGUGGAAGUUCCUGAGAUUCUUCAAAAUUUUUACCUGGAAGAUGCAGAUUCCCAGUUGCUGUUGAAGUUGAUGCAAUCCUCAGUGGAUGAGGUUGUAGUUCCAGAAAUUUGUGAUCAUUACAAUGUAGGGGAAUGUGAGUGUGGGAGUGAAUGCACAGAAAUGCAUCUGUGUCUCAACUCCAUCCUGGGCACAUGCAACGAUUGGUGCUUACUGAACCAUGAUAUUUUGGAACCACAAUGUCAAAAAUUGCUCAAGAUGGGAGGGGUGAAGACCUAUUACUCAAAAAGGGAUUUGAAGAAUCACUUGAGAGUGAGGCAGAAGGAGCAAAGGCUGGAUGCAAUCAUGAAGCAGGAGAGACGAAGCAGUAGGCUUGUGGAAGAGGCUUCAAGGAGAAAGGUAUUCCAUGCUGAUGAAGAUGAUGGUGAAGUGGAAGUUCCUGAGGUUUGUAUCUUCCUUCUCAACGAUCGAUGUCUCGACGGAGAAAGAGGUCGCUGCAAGCGUUUACAUGCUGGAAUGCCUUACCAUUGGCAAGUGAAGAAUCCUGUUACCAAUAAAUGGAUCAACUUGAGCAAGAACCAAUCAUUCAGACUUGAGCAGAAUUUUGCUGAUCCCUCUAAAGUCAAAGUCCAGCUUGACUCAUUCACAUCAGAGGAAGUGCACUUAACGAAACGGAGUCAACUCAGGAGCUUAUUCCAGGAUGAGUCAUAUGAAGUAGAUUUGAAUGAAGUUAAGAAUGAAGGAAUGAAGUUAAGAAACAUGCAGACACAGGCAAUAAUGGACAUUCGAAGGCUUAGUACAGAAUCACAUGUCAUGACUGGCGGAAAGAAGCAUUCCACUAUUUGGUGUUGGUACUUCCUUGACAAGUCAGGGAAGUGGAUGGAAUAUGGUUCUACCACUGCUGAGCAUAAUUCUUUUAGUAACCUGAAAUCAGCAGACAUUGAGAAGCAAUUCUGUACUGUACAAGGAAGUGGUUGCAUUGCCUUCAGUACCAACAAAUUCAAAUAUGAAGUCAACUUCCAAACAAUGAAGCAGAAGAAUCUCAUGACAAAUGUGCAAAGAGACAUCAGACGUCGUCCUGCUCCCCCUGAUGGAUCUAGCAAUCUGGUGAAUGUUCUCAAGUACCGCCAUGUCCCAUCCCACUGGGUCCCCAUGCAAGAGACAGAAACUUGCAAGAUGGUUCCUUUGUAUCCUGAAUCCCAAGAAUACCAAAAUGUUGCUUCCCUCAUGCCUGGCUUUACUGUUCGGAAGAUCACAAGGGUUCAGAAUCCAUAUCUAUGGGAGAUGUAUCAAAAUAAGAGAUUAGUCUUGUUAAAGAAGUAUAAUAAUGAUGCAGGAAAAGUGAAUGAAAGGGUCCUCUUCCAUGGCACUCCAUCACAAAACAUCCAGUCCAUCUGUGAACAGAACUUUGACUGGAGGUUGCAUGGGACUGCUAAUGGCUCAGUCUUUGGUAAAGGGGUAUAUUUUGCUACAAACCCUCAGAUCUCUACAGGGUAUUCAAAAGGCGGUGGAGCUAUAUUUGCUGCAAAAGUCCUUGUGGGUUCUGCUGCUGUUGGGAAAAGUUCUAUGGCCCGCCCUCCUACUGGUUAUGAUUCUACCACUGGUCUUAAUGGUAGCCUGUUUGUGAUGUACUAUGAUCAAGACUAUUAUCCUGAGUAUUUGGUGGAAUUCUAAUGUUUCUUUCAAGUGCCUUUUUUCCUUGAUAAUAUUCAGUACAACCACCAGUGAACAUGCAUGUCGGUGAAUGGAUUGUGACUCGUUACAUUUUUAGAAACAAUUUUGUUGUUAAUAGUACUAUCCUUCCCAGUUUCAAAUAGAGGAACUUGACAAAAGAAAACAAGAUCAGAAACAUUGACCUAAUGCUGAUCGUAGUAAUUCCAUAUUCUUUUUGCAUAUUUAAGAGCAAAAGAAAUAGGGUUCUUGUGACUCAUGUUACAUUUAAAUAGACACAAGUGCUGGUAGCUAACUUUCAGAAACAAACAUCUGCUUUACUUGAAGAAUGAUCGAACCAUAACUUAAAUACUUGUCAUGGCACAUGUGAAGGAUAUGUCUAAUUAUUUCUACAUAUGAGAAUCAAUAGUCAGAAAGUUAUGAAUAUGAAAAGUUACGCACAACUCAACACAAAUUGUAGCAGCCAAAGAACACUGUUUCUGAAAAGUCCCUGGAUUAAUCCCAUUUUUGAUGUGUCACACUUGAGUAAAGCUUAUUUGCAGCUGAGUUUACAUUAAACAUUGGCAUUGUACAUCAGUAAUUGGUAUCAUUUAUAGGAUUAACAUUUUGACCAAUUUGGAAUGACAUAUGUAGUGGAAGAGAAACAAAUGUUCUGAAUGUAUUUAGGAUGCUGGAAUUCCAGCAUAGCUUUGUGGGUUUCAAUGCAUCGUGUACAUUGUUAUUAUGCUGUGUGAUAAUUCCAACUGCCUUGUGUUAAAGGGUUGCAAGGGAAAAGUUGAUUGCUCUCAUGAAUAUCAUACUGUGAUUCAGAGUUGCCUUGUUUAGCUGGUGCUGAACUUCUGCCCUUGUUGCUGUUAUCUGAUUUCCUAUUCCUUGAGCCAUUGUAUUGAAUAUGGGGCAUGACCUUUUUUUCAGCACUCAGUGGAUAUUGCUUCAUAGUGCUUUCAUAGUCUUUCAUAGUCCUCAACUGUUAUUUCAUUUUCUUACUUACUGCUUUUCUGAGGGUAGAGUGACAUCAAGAUUCUACUGAUUGAAUCUGGAAUAUCCUUUAAAACAUCUUGUAUUUGAAAGCUUCAUGAGCCAUUGAUACAGCAGUAUUCUAUAGUUACAAAACAAAUAGAAAUUUUGGAUGUGCUUUUCUCAUUUCAUGGGGGAUUAUACAGUAGCAUUAUUAUUGGAUUUCAAGAAAAUCUAUUUUAAAUAGUUGUGUUGGAUUGUUUGAAUGGUGUGACACAUUUGAUGCUUUGAUAUUUUUAUGCAAACUCCUUGAUUGCUUUUUUAUAUUUGAAUACAUUUUGGAAAAUGAAUUCAGGUUGUUAAAUAUUUGUGGC